CUCCCACUCCGCCAGCCUCUGGGAGAGGAGCCGCGCCCGGCCGGCCCGGCCCCCAGCCCCAUGGACCUCCGAGCAGGUAGGAGCCAGGCGUCCGAGGCCGAGGCCUCCGCCCCCGCCCAGCACCAGUGAGAUCCGGUUCCCGUCCUCCUCCCCACCCUCGGAGCCCCAAGCCCGGGCCGGGCCGGGGAGCAGAGCUCGGGCUGGGGAGGGGACUCGUGGGGGAUGUUAGCUUGCCUAUGCACGGUGCUGUGGCACCUCCCUGCAGUGCCAGCUCUUAAUCGCACAGGAGAUCCAGGCCCUGGCCCCUCCAUCCAGAAAACCUAUGACCUCACCCGCUACCUGGAGCAUCAACUCCGCAGCUUAGCUGGGACCUACCUGAACUACCUGGGGCCCCCUUUCAACGAGCCUGACUUCAAUCCUCCUCGACUGGGGGCAGAAACUCUGCCCAGGGCCACGGUCAACUUGGAAGUGUGGCGAAGCCUCAAUGACAGGCUGCGGCUGACCCAGAACUAUGAGGCGUACAGUCACCUCCUGUGUUACUUGCGUGGCCUCAACCGUCAGGCUGCCACAGCUGAACUCCGACGUAGCCUGGCCCACUUCUGUACCAGCCUCCAGGGCCUGCUGGGCAGCAUUGCAGGUGUCAUGGCGACGCUUGGCUACCCACUGCCCCAGCCUCUGCCAGGGACUGAGCCAGCCUGGGCCCCUGGCCCUGCCCACAGUGACUUCCUCCAGAAGAUGGAUGACUUCUGGCUGCUGAAGGAGCUGCAGACCUGGCUAUGGCGUUCAGCCAAGGACUUCAACCGGCUUAAGAAGAAGAUGCAGCCUCCAGCAGCUUCAGUCACCCUGCACUUGGAGGCCCAUGGUUUCUGACCUCUGACCCUUAACCCCCACACCUCCAGGCCCAGUCAGCUGUGCUUCCAUUGUGGGGUGAAAAAUCCUGUAUACCAACAUUUGUUGAGCCAGGAACCAGACCAUGGGAGCUCUGCCCUCCUCAGCCUUGGAUGGGGAGUGUAACUCAAUAAGCCCUCUAGCUCAGAAAGUCCUAGGGUCUGGGGAAAUCGUACAGUGGGCAUCGAGGCGAUGCCUGAGGAAGUGGAAUGGCUCUCCCUGCCUCCUGCUCUCUGCCUGCCACUUGCCAGUACUCACUCAGUCCCUCAUGUGGCAUUUGCAGAAGCACCCUUGGAGGGUAUGGGUGGGGGCCACUGUAGCAUGUGCCUUUCUGGGAUAAGGCCCCUUGGCUUCCCUCCCUCUCCUUGGAUGGGUGUUGCUCCCCUACCCCAAUAACUACAUAUCCAGUUCAGGAAACAAAGUGACCAGUCCUAAGAAGAGUGUUACAGUAAAUGGAGGGGGGUAGGGUUUAUGCUGGAGGUGGCCUAGACACCACAAGAUGUAAUUCUAAAAGAGAAGGGCAGGGACAGACCAGACCCAGCAGUCACCAAGACAGUUGGUGGCACAGGGUGGAAAACAAAAGCCAUGUUGAGCAUUAGUACCUUGCUUUGAAUUUUCUUGCCAGCAUCUUGGUGCCUCCUCUCUGCCCCCUUUCCCAGGGUAUCUGUGGUUGCCUGGGCUGGGGAGGGCAGCCAUAGCCAUAGCCACAGGGUUUCCUGAAAGUUUACAUUGCAGUAGCAUUGUGGGGUGAGGGGGAUGGCUCCCCCAGGCUCUAUCCCCAGCCCCACCCACUCAUGACUCUAAGUUUGUUGUAUUAAUAUUUAUUUAUUUGGAGAUGUUAUUUAUUAGAUGAUAUUUAUUGCAGAAUUUCUAUUCUUGUAUUAACAAAUAAAAUGCUUUCCCCAGAA